UGUGUCAAAUAUAUACAUGCAUACAUAUAUAUGACAUGAAAUGUCGUCUAUCAUAAUUUCUUCUUGUGCAUCUAACAUAUCUAAAGGUAACAAAAGUAUUACAUUAUGCAAUCCAAUCACAAAACCUACUGAUUGGAAAUCAAUAAGUGAUAUUAUAACGGUAUUAUUAGUUCUCAUCAAUCUAGUCACAUUUAUCGGUAAUCUACUAGUCAUUCUGUCUGUGGCUACAGUGAACAAACUGAGAAAGAUUUCCGACCAGUAUAUAGCUUCACUUGCAUUAGCCGAUCUACUUGUUUCACUUUUUGUCCUACCAUUUGCAGUGAUACGCCAAAAUCUUGGUUACUGGCCAUUCAAAUCAAUAUAUCUGUGUCAGUUUUAUAUAUCUGCUGAUAUAUUCACAUGCUUGGCGUCUAUCCUGAAUUUAUGCUGUAUAUCAAUGGAUCGAUAUGUAGCUAUCAGCCAUCCAUUAAAGUAUAUCACCCGACGAAGUCGUCGUAACUCUUUUCUUAUGAUAGCAAUAGCAUGGAUUAUGCCAAUUAUUGCUAUAUUACCGCCUUUAAUUGGAUCAGAUGAACAUAUAGUUGGUAUUGGUUGUUGUUACAUUACUUAUAAUAAGGGAUAUCGAAUUUACUCAUCACUGAUAGCAUAUUUUUUUCCUUUAACAAUGAUUGCAUAUGUUCAUUUAAGGAUCUUUUAUAUAAUUAAAGCAAGAUCAAAAACACUUCAAGGAUAUAAACGCAACUCAAGAAAUCAAGGUUGUUGUGAAUGGCUAUGGGAACAGUGUGUAGAUCAUCAUCCAAAACCAAGUAGAUCACGUGAAAUCAGAGAAGCAGAUGCAAAAACUGAUAGUUCUAAACCUACCAUGGAUGAUAUUGAUAGUUAUUAUCGAAGUGUCAUAGAAGUGGAAUCCUCUACACUAAGUUAUUCAUGCAAAUCUACUGAACAAAAUCAUCAUCAAACAAAUGGAAUGCAUUCAAAUUCUGUGCAUAAAACAUUCAGUGUUUCUUCACUUACAGAAAUGGAAAUUUACAGUCCAGAACCAGUUGACUCUAAUUUAAAACUUUUGCAUACAUUUCAAGUACCUACUUCACAAUAUGAAAUACAGACUCAGGUAGAUUGCACUGAAACAACAAAAAAUCACACUAUAAAAAUAAAUUCGAAUUUUGAGGCAAUCAAUCUGGAAGUUUUAAAAUCCGGUGAGCGUAUUCAGCAUUUCAUUUAUGAACAACAACAACAAGACAAUGAUUAUAAUUCAAAACAUCAAGUCACCUCCUCCUCCUAUAUUCCCAGAAAUUCUUCACUAACUACAAGCAGUCAGGUUGACAAAAAAAAGAAACAAAGCAGAGGAGUGAGAUUCUAUCGUUAUCAAGAGAAGUGUAUAUAUAACAGAGAAAAAAAGAGUGUAAGAACAGUGACAAUAGUGGUGGGAUGUUUUUUUCUAUGCUGGACGCCUUUCUUUUCUUUCUAUCUCGGUGAGGCAUUAUUUGACUGUACAUUUUCUGAGGAAUUAUAUGCUAUAGUUACAUGGCUGGGAUAUUUAAAUAGCAUUUUCAAUCCUUUUAUAUAUGCUUUUUAUAAUAAGGAAUAUGCUAAUGCUUUUGUGCAGAUUAUACAUUUGAGGUGUUAAGUUAAGCAUCACUCUUUAUAAAGAAGGCAAGUCAUCAGAUCAUCAUUAUAAGUGUUAGUUUUAGGAAAUUAUUCUUUUUGGAGAUGAAUAAUGCAUGAUGUUAAACAAAUAUACCAAAGUUUUGUUUGUUUGUUUUUGUCAAUAAACU